AUGGAUUCUGAAGACGAUAUGCACGAUGCCAACGAUGUUGAGUCUCUCAAUGAUGAUUCUACAAUGGCGAAACUGAAGAUGCUCCCAUUUGACGGUAAUUUGAGGAAUCAUUGUAAUCAUGUUACUAAAGAGAAAUGUGAUUUUUUGUCUUCUGUUAACACUGAGGAACAUAGUGAGGAACAUAAUAUGAAUUUAUCUAGAUUGUGUCCUGAAUUACCUGAUGAAUCAUUCGAGAGGGAUGGAGAUGAUAUGGAGGAUUUGGCUGUAUUCAAGAGACCUUUUUAUCUCGAGUUUCUGAACUUCUGCAUUGAGAGAUUUAAUGUGGCUUUUUGGUCUUCAACAUUCAAAAAAUAUGUUGACAGGGUUGUUGAUUAUUUGAUGGAAGACACGAGACAAAACACAUUGCUUUUGGAUGAUUCUCCUUACAAGAAAAUACUUAAUCCGAUAAAAAAAUCGACUUUUACAUUUCCAUACAAUUCAAUCUUUCCUCACAUAUACAAUUAUGAGAAUCAUAAUGACCUUUCAUUAGAAGUUCUAAAGAGGUUUGUGACCAUAGAAAAGGAGAUUGUGCAGAUUGAAGGUUCAGUUCAAUCAAGUGAAACAGAAGGAUUACCAAUUAAUUUGAAAGGUAAAAGAGAUUUUAUAGCUGGAGUGGCCGAUGACAAUGGGUACGGAUGGCCAAUUGCAAAAUCUCUUGCUGCAGCAGGAGCUAAAAUUCUUCUUGGCAUAUGGAUUCCUUUUUUGACAACCUUAAGGAUGUACCAGAAGAUAUAA